GUUGCUGCUCGAUGUUGCGGCCCUCGAGACCCGGAAUCCGGCCAUCAGCGAUGCGCUGCUGCUCCUGCUUCCCCUCCACGUCUCCCACCUCGCAACGCACACCUUCUCACACGCACCCGGACAUCUCACCUUGCAGCUGCAGUCGCGCCCUCCCUUCUCGCCCGCUGCUCCUCUCCUCGUCAUGCGGCUCGCUCUGCCGCUGGCGCUCUUCGCGCUCGCCGUGCCGGCACUCGCCGGGCCCUCGGCGCCGCCCGCUGUGCGCCAGAUGCUGGUGCCUCGGUCGCGCUCGCAGCGCCUCGCCGUCCGCGACGCAAGCACAGACAUGAGCAAGCUGGGCCCGGAGAACACCGAAGGCGAGGCCCAUGGCGAGAUUCGCGCGCCGUCUGGCUCGCGCUUCACCAGCGUGCCCGUCGGCUCUGGCGGCGAGGAGAUCGCGGCGUACUGGACGCGCAACCCGGCCAACGACACGGCGACGCAGGCCUACAUCAUGAUCCACGGCAAGCUGCGCGACGGCGACGGCUACUGGAGCACGAUGAACAGCAUUCUCGCCUCGGCCGUCAAGGACGACUACCCGGGCGUCGAUGAGAAUGCCAUCGUCAUUGCGCCGCAGUUCUUCUCCACGCUCCUCAACCAGGGCCAGUACGGCGAGAGCGAGCUCGCAUGGGACGACACCAACGCCUGGCAGGCGGGCGACCCGGCCAACCACCCGGCCGGCACGACGCUGACGUCCAUCGACGCGCUCGAUGCGCUGAUCGACGUCUUCGCCGACGCCUCGCGCUACCCGGCCAUGCGCAACGUCACCGUCGUCGGGCACGGCGGCGGCGGCCAGCUCGGCCAGCGCUACGCCUCCGUGGCCAAGCCGCCGCCGUCCAACGUGCAUGUGCGCUACAUCCACGGCGACCCUUCGUCGUGCGCGUACUUCACCGAGGACCGGCCCGUGACGGACAUCAGCAUCGCCAGCAAGGUGACGUGCCCCACGUACAACGACUGGCGCUACGGCUUCAAGGGCUUCGCCGGCACGUCCGUCGGGCUCAAGACGCCGCGCGAGUACUUCCAGCAGUACAUCAGCCGCGACGUCGUCAGCGUGGUGGGCUACCAAGAUACCGACGCCGGCGGCGACCAGUACUGCAUGGCGCUGCUGCAGGGCGGCGAGGCGCGGCGCGACCGCAACCUCUCGUGGUGGAAGUACAUCAACAUGCUCGCCAAGACCAACGAGGACCUCACCGGCUUUCCCGGCAACUUCUCGGCGCUGCCAGACUGGUCCGACCUGAGCGGCGGCAUCAUCGGCACGCGCCUCGUCGUCAUCGAGGAUGCCGACCACGAUGCCGAGGAGGUCUUCUCGAGCGCCGAGGGCCGUGCGGCGCUCUUUGACACCGGCAGCCUGCCCGUCGGCUGGCGGCCAUCUGGCUGGCGCCAGCGGCCGGCUCGCAAGCUCAAGAGCCCCGCGACGGCAACGAACAGCUCCUCGGCGGCUGGAGCGCGCAGCACCACGGCUGGCGCCUCUGGCGGCGCAUCGAGCGGCGCUGCAAAGCUGCCUGCCGUUGGUGUCGCGUCGCUGCUGGCGCUGCCGUUCCUCGGCAUGCUGCUGCUCUGAGCUGGCCUGUUCACCCCUUCUCCCUCUCUCCUCUAUCACGACAACGCUCGCUGGGCCGAGCUACUUUCCCUCUACUCACGACCCACCACAUGCUGCACAUCUCGUCCCACACGCAUACUCAUCCACACAACCGCAUCUUCAUCACCUCGCCGCAUACCACGUGCCGCUCGAGACCUAGCUCGCCACUCCGGGCACCCCACAUCUACCUCAUCGCGUCUAUUGCCAGACGCCUAAUCCACACAUCAGCCGUG